ACCGGCCCCGCGCAACCACCACGGACCAUUCAUCGGUGAGUCACGGCUCGUGCGUGCAGCGUAGCCCAGGGACACCGUCGUCGUCGAUCCUCGACCGCGCCGGAGCUAGCCUUCCCCUCGACCGCCGCGACGGCCCCGCCGACCCCGCCGCCGUGAACCCAUCCCCAAUGGCGGCCGCGCCGGCGGACACCAUGACCCGCCGCUUCGCGGUCGCGUGCGGCGUGCUCAGCCAGUACGUCAGGGCCGGCGGCGCGCUCGCGAUGGUGCCGCCCUUGUUCCUGGCGCCGGCCCCAGCCGCUCAGCAGGAGGGCGCCAACGGCGCGGCGCAGCAGCUGACCAUCUUCUACGGCGGGAGGGUGGUGGUGCUGGACGCCUGCCCGCCCGAGAAGGCGGCCGAGCUGAUCCGCCUCGCCGCGGCCGCGCAGGGCGCGCCGGCCCCCGGCGAGGCGCCGCCGCUCGUGGACAUGCCCCUCGUCAGGAAGGCCUCGCUGCGGCGCUUCCUCGCCAAGCGCAAGGACCGGUCCUCCUCCACCAGCUGCGCGCCCUACGACCGCCACCACGACGAGGAGCCGGACCAGCAGCCGGCCGCGAAGAAGGGCAAGGUGGCGCCGACGCGCGAGGAUGCUGCUGCUGCCUCUUCCUCCUCUUCCUGGCUCGCGCUGGGCAGCCUGGAUGCCAUGCACGGGCUCUGAUCGCCGGCUCGCCGUCAGUUGGAUGGGAAGAAGAGCUCGCCCGCUCGGCCCCCCCCGCCUGGUUUAGGAUACGUGGUCGAUAACUCGAUGCCGACCCGGCCAGUGGAGGCGCUGUAGCAAUUUAAUUAAUUACUAAUUACUCAUUACGGUUGUGCUAUUAACAAGUGCUAGCUAUAUAGCCUA